AUGAAUAUAAAAACUGUAUCAUUUAAAUUACCAGAAACCAUCAAUGGUGAGGAUUUAUCAGAAUAUUCAUACAUCAAAGCAGAGUCUCCAUCACCAAUUAAAUUAAUUGUGGUCGCAGGCAAUCCUGGUAUUAUAGAUUUUUAUUCCGAUUUUAUAAAAAUUUUAUUUUUAUCAUUAAAUGGAAAAUAUGAUAUUUAUUCAAUUGGACAUUUAGGACAUUGUGGUAGAAUUGAAAAAGUAUUUUCUGUUGAAGAGCAAAUCAAACAUAAAGAAUUAUUUUUGGAUUAUUUAUUGGAGAAUGAUUUUAAAGAAGGUAGAGAAGAUGUUAAAUUUAUAUUACUUGGCCAUUCAGUUGGCAGCUAUAUUUCACUAAAGGUUGUAAAUAGAUACAGCGAUAAAUUUAAUUUCAUUUCCGUUUGCAAUUUAUUCCCAACAUUUAAAAACCUUUAUGAUGGUUUGUCACCAUUCAUCAAAAUGGUUGUAAUGAGGGAAUCAACAAGAUCUGGAUUUUCAACAUUUCUACAUUAUAUACCAAAUUUAAUGAGACAUGCCAUAUUACGUUUUAUAUUAGCUGAGAACGAUUCGAGAAUUUCUGUAAAUGAAAAAAUAAACUAUUGGUCCGCUCUAAAUAUUUUAUACAUGGCCUAUACAGAAGCUUUGGACAUUAAAGAAAUUGAUGACGAAUGCCACAAUGUUUUCAAAUCUCGUUUAAAUCAAUUGUUAUUUAUUUAUGGUCAAACAGAUAACUAUACACCAAAAUCAUUCUACCAAGAGAUGAAAGACAUGUAUCCAAAUGGUAAUAUCGAGUUUGCCUCUGCCAAUAUUCCCCAUGCAUUUGUAUUGCAUCACUCAAAAGAUAUUGCCCUAAGAGUAUCUGAAUGGUUAAAAAGCAAUAUUUUAAAUUUAGAAAACUAA